AUGGUGAAGUAUCUCAAAGCCCUGAUGCUUGGGAUGCUGGUCGUGAUCCCCCCAGCUGUGGUGUACUACCAGACCGUGCUCAGUGGCACCUUGGCCUCCCCCAUCCUCGAGGCGAAGGCCAGUCACUUAGGAAAGAUGCGCACUGAACCAGAGCCUUCAAGACGUCGACGAAGAUGGGUGGACGAGAGUGGAUCUCUGCACCAGGAGCUCGUUGACCUCAGCGAGUUCUUGAAGGGCAAGGCACGAACGCUGCCUCCUAGGGUGGCUAAAGUUUGUGGCAUGCAAGAUGAGCAGAGGCAGCUGUUCAAGGAGAUGGAGUACAAUGUUGGAUCCAUACCUGGCUACGGAGAGUUUAAGCAUGUCGAGCGAGAGGAGAAGCACGUGAAAUAUCUAUUGAGCCUCCACAACCCCCAGGAAGACGCGGUUGUGAGCAAGGGGAUCUUGAUGCAUCUGUUUAGCCCUGAAGGAACCUAUCCAAGUGUGACUGAAGUCCAUGCCCUUUGCGACGGCGUUCCGUCCUUGGGACCCCAAGGCAGCAGAGGCGAGGAAGAGGAUGAGAAAGGAACAACAAAGAGGAGCUCAUUGAUCAGCUGCAGUCCAGGGAAGACGGCAGUGGAGGUUGGGAGCUCCAUCGGCAUGAUCAGUAUGUACUUGGCAGCGAGAGGGAUGAAGGUGCACGCGCUUGAUCCAGUUCAACCGAAUCUUCAGAGGCUCAACGAGAGUAUCUGCCUCAACUCUUUCCGCAACUGCCUGAGGUCCAGCGCUCCUGAUGGGCGGAUUUCUUCCUCCUCCUCGUGCUUCGACUCCUCCGCCUUGCGCUCCUUCGCUGGUCGGGUCAAAGUCCAUCACUCCCUCGUCGCCUCCUCCUCGGGCGAUCGCCUCCCUGUGCAGACGCAGCCCAGGAACUUAGCGUCAACCCUCCCAACGCAGCAGGCAGGAGCAACGUACUCAGCGAUGGUCAAGACGAUAGCGCUGGACGACAUAGAGAUGGAGGAGGUAGAGCUGCUGCACGUCACAAGUCAGGUCAAGAACGUUGUUUUCAUGAUGUACUUCCUCAAAGAUGAUGAGGACGGGAGGGAGCAAGAGAUUCAAGACAGCUUGAAAUCGAUCCGCUUCCUCCGCAAAUACGGAUUCAGCUUCUACAACAUCGAGGGAUGCGGCAGGGCGCAGCGCGGAUUCUUCUCAGGACCUGCCCUGAUCCCUUGGGAGCAAGUGGAGGAGUAUGUGAAGAAGCCUCGAGAGACAGGAGCUCAUCCAACCAUCCUCGCCUCACGGACGCGCGUGGAUGGUCUGAACCAAGUUCUUCAAGAUAAACUCAACCAGAAGGAGGAGAAAGAGAAGCAGAGGGCCAGAGAGAGUGAGAGUGUAAACUAG